AUGUCGUAUUUCCUUUCCAUACUAGAGGAGGCCAGGGGAGAAGCCCUCGAUAGUCACAAAGUCACCUCUGAGUCCAGUAAUCCCAAGAGAAAUAUUGUAAGGUCGACAAAAGUGGUUCCGCGGACCCAGACGAACACUGAGCGGAAAGACAGUGGCAACACUGAUCCUGGAUGCUCAUCGAAAUCUAUUAAUCUACCCAUAUCUUAUAGUGACAACAACAACAUACAGUUCAAAGGCCAAAAGCGUCUUCCUCUGGCCGAUAAGAAGGACAACAUGAUCAUGAAGAGGAGGAGGACCCCAAGCUCUAAACAAACCAGUAGCGGGAGGUCAGGUAAGGAGAAGAAGCCCUCUCCAACGACAAGUGCCUCGCAUAUUACCAAAGCCAAGCGCAAAACGGUGGCGGUCUCACGAGCCACGCAAAAUCUCGACCACGAUUCCGAGGGACAGAAUUCGGAAGAAGAUUUCGUCGUCGACGACCUGGCAUAUAAGCCCCGGAAAUCAAAGGUCGGUGCAAUGGCCCGUUCAAAACUGUUUGCAGGAAUGAAGUAG